GAAAGUAAAAAGUGUGGUUUAUUGUUAGACGAGCAGGUUGCCCGCAGUAACUAGUGGUGCUGUGUAGGUCAUCUGAGGAUAUAUGCUGCGUUUGAUGUACACAUAGAACCUGGGAGUUUAUCGCACAGGGACACCGAGCAGGAGUCCAGCAUCAUCCAGGGGAGCUCGCCCGGCAGGUGCCAAGAUGCAGGAAGGAGAUCAGGACCCGUUUAACUUGGGAGAACUACCAGAUGAUAUAUCUGAAUACUUCAAUGAAGAUUAUCUGGGGAAGUUUGUGGACCCCGAUGUUCUCUUUGGGGAUCCAUGGCUGAGCUGUAUGGAAGAAGUCAGCACCAGCACCUGCAGUGCUCUGCCCACGGCAACAGAGCUGCCCAGCCUAGACAGCCACCAGCAGGGACAGGAGGACAAAACAACAACGAGGAACAAGAGAAAAAGAUCCAGAGCUCCACGGUCUCAACGGUGCACUGAUGAGAACACACCAACAAGGCCGAAAAGGAGAAGAGCUGCAGCUCGACCAAAAACAAAAGAGGCCCAGCCUGAACCUGUCACUCAAGGCGCUGACGCAGUGACAGAGCAGAGCUCGGCAGAGGAAGAGGCAGCAGCCCUUCCCUCCACUCCACCAAGAAUCCUUCAUCUCCAUCCCUCCUCUUUUCAGUUCAUCACCAUCCCAGACAUGCAGACUCUGAGGCUCUCUCCUCCAGUCAUUAGACUUCCACUCCCCAAUACACCGACUACACCUACUUACAUAUUUGUUCCUGCUUCCUCACCACCCUUCAAACCCCAAGUGGCACCGCUCUCCCCAACGAAUGGUGCAGUAGCGCCAGUCCAAAUGAGUUCAUCCCCACCAGGAUCUCUGUCAGACACUGCUAGCAAAGCCAUGUCUCCCACUUGUUCCUCACCCCUCUCCCCCAGCAGUGAGAUGUCCACGUGUAAGGAGUCCCCUCUUCCUCAGUCUCCCACUGUCGUCGAUAUGACACAAGUCGUAAAGGAGUACAUUCAGGAAGCCAAAGCACACAUGAGUCAAAGCUGCCAGGAUAUGGAGUCAGGCCUCAGCCUCACCUCUCAUUACGUGGAUGUACAUGUGAGCCAGAGGGAGAUUCGCUCUGGAAAAAACACAAACAAAGCGCUGGACAAGGAGCUGAUCAUCAUGGGAGAUACAGAUCGUCAAAAAAGCUUGUUGGAGCGGAAUCAGAUCUUUGGAGGCUCAAAUGGCAUCAAACCCAAACACUACUUGCUGCUGCUCGGCAAUGCUGGCAUGGGAAAAACCACCCUGAUCAGGAAACUGUGCCUUGACUGGUCCAGAGACUGCAUUCCACAGUUUGACUUUGUCUUCUUGUUAGACGGCAAAGCCCUCUCCUUAGCAGAGCCGAACUACAGCCUUCAGACCCUGCUGUUAAACCUCUCCUCCCUUGCCCCUUCCUGCAUUGACCCUGAAGCAGUGUACGCUCAAAUCCUUGCAGCCCCUAAGCGCGUGCUUGUCAUUUUUGAUGGAUUUGGCGAGUUGCGGGACUAUGAAAUUCUUCUCCAGCCUCAAGAAAAAGACUUGAUAACAUCAUUGCAGAAAUACAGCAAAGCACAGAACUACACAGUCAGACAGUUAUACUCCGCCGUCCUUCAGAGGCUCCUCCUUCCAGGCUGCACUCUUCUGCUCUCCACUCGACCCAGAGGCACUGCCAGCCAGCUGCUGCGGAGGACAGACAGCCUUUUGGAAGUGUGUGGCUUCACCCCCACAGACGUAGAGACAUAUUUGUCCCAGUACUUUGCUGAUCCUGACCUCAGAGCAUCAGCUUUAGACUGCCUGAAAAACUGCAGCUAUCUGCAUCUCCUCUGCUGGAACCCUGGGCUGUGUCGGUUAGUCUGCUUGGUUUUAGAACAGUGCAAAAGUUUGGAGGCCCUACCGAGAACAUUAACCGGGCUUUGCCAUCAAGUGCUUCGUCUGAAAAUAGAGAAGGACCGUAAGAACACACAAUCACAGGCUGAAACUCAGUCAGAAAUAUCUGUGCAACCAGAGGAAGAAACCCAGACACAAACUUCAAGUCGUUCCCAAGUGAAAGGACGCCGUAAAAACACUCGCACUCGCUGCCAAAGAGCAAGAAGGUCCAGAAAACAGGACCGAGAGGAAGAUGACGGUGAUGAAGAGGGGGUAUAUUCAACACAGGAGAGAGAGAUUCUGUCCCAGCUGGGUUCUUUGGCUUGGGAUGGGGUCAAAACAAACUCAUCUAUGCUUCCCACGGGACGCACCAUAUCUGCCAAAGUCAAAGCGUUCGGCCACAGGACGGGACUUUUCUUCUCUUACCACCAGAGGUCAAAGCAGGUUGCCUUAAGUUGUGGGAGAGAGGGAGGAGGAAGUGAAGAAAUGGAAAUGAGGGAGAAUGGAGAAACGAGGGGGAACACUGAAAACAAUGAUGCCCAGAUCCUGUUGUGGGCGAACCCAUUCCUUCAGAGUUAUCUGGCAGGGGUCCAUUUGUCACUGUCAAGGACCGUAUCAGACCGUGCCUUCCUCCCAACCCUCCCGUUCCAGUCAGGACAGAAGGGACGCAGGCGUCCCCAAAGGGAGGAGCUCGACCUCACUCAAAGAUUUGCAGUUGGCCUCCUGUACCACGACAGGACAGAGCUGCAGAGGCUACACUCCUACUCCGAGACAGUCUUCAGAGAUAUGCUGGCAGCCAAGCAGGCUCUAGUGACCAAACACCUUGAGGGUCUUUCCUUUGGCGACCUGAGCCCUGCGCAGGUGCUGGAGGCUUGUCACUAUGUUUAUGAGGCGAGUUCCACCAAUGCUGAUGGUAGCAGAGACAAUGGCAGCGAAAGUUUAGUCGCUCACCUGGCGGCGAAUCUUCCAGAAGUCCUGACAUUUCAUGGAGUUCCACUCAAGCCGUCGGAUGUGUUUGCUGUGCAGAACGUUCUCGAAAGGGGCGGAACCGAAGGGAGAAGGUUCUGUUUGGAUCUGGAGGAUUCUGGGGUACAGAUCUCUGGACUCAGAGCUCUGGUGGGGCUCAACAACAUCAACACAUACAGAGCGUGCAUUGCUGAUGUCAUCAGCUUAUGGGAGCAAUUAGAGCAGAGUGGCGAAGAAGAACUCCUACAAGGGACCGUGUCGAAAUUCAAGAUCCACCCUUUGAAAGCCACACAGGUGUGUCACAUAGAGCACCUGGCAAAGCUGGUCAACAUACAUGUGCACAAGAGGCUGUCUGACAGUUCCAGCCAAUCAGAUUCAAUCCUGGCAGAGGGAGUACCAGCUGUCAACGAGCUACACAAGCUGGAGUUAGAGCUUGGUCCAGAGAAAGGUCCCCUUGGUCUUCCCAAGCUGUGGGAGCUCCUGCCUGGUCUACACAACCUACAGCACUUAGACCUAGAGAAGAGUAAGAUUGGCGACAAAGGAGCAGAGAAAUUGGCUGAUGCUUUAGUUUCACUUGGCUCCCUGGAGAUACUCAAUCUGUCACAGAAUUGUAUAGGAGACCAGGGGGUGACAAAACUAGCAGCCACAUUGAGGGCUUUACCAAGACUACACUGCUUAAGCCUCUACAGUAACAUGAUUUCUGAUGAAGGGGCGGAGAGUUUAGCAGCUGUCCUUCCACACGUCGCUGCGCUCACUGACCUGGACGUGAAGUACAACAAGUUAACAGACGUGGGAGCACAGAGCCUGGGAGCCAGUCUGAGAAACUGCAGGAACAUGAAGACUUUAAGGAUGUGGAACCAGUGUAUCCCAUACGGAGUGUUUGAGAGACUUCAGCAGCAGGACAGCCGGAUCCUUUGGCAGUAGGAGGAUAUAAAAACCUAUACCACAAGGCUAUGAACUUUUUUUUUUACCAUGCAUACAUGUUAACACUACACGAUACAUUUACUUAAGCAUGUAUGCCUACGAAUCAGGAACAGGAACAAAAAGAGAAAUUGCAUUAAGAGAAACCAAAAACAUUCAAAAACACAAAAUUCUUUGCUGCUUUAGUCAACAUUUGAUCUUGCCAGAUUCUUUUGAAAGAGUCCAUUCAGUGCUACAGGGAAUAUUUCACCCUUCAAGAAGCACAUUUGCACUAUGAUACUUGUCUUUAUGCGGUUUUAUAGAUGUGUUUUCUCUGAUGUAAAUACCUGAGCUGUACAGUUUGAUACGCAUUCUUUUUGUACAACAGUAUUUUUGUUUGCACUCCUUUUGUAGCUGUAAAUAAUGCAUUGUUUGACAAUCACUUUGCACUUUAAUAUAAAAAAAUGUUCCAUGUU